CGCUUCCCAUAAUGCACUCCCCGAUCAUCAGCGGGAAACCAAAAUGGCGAACGUGUUGGGGGAAAAUGAACCGUUUGUUAUUUUCUGAGAAAGGCACGAGCCCCACAAGUUUUAGCGAUACACUUUGAAGUGGACGCAACCACACAAGGACCGGGAUACCACGGGACACUCACAAACUCUUGUUUUUAUCGUACGAGUCUUUUGUUGAAGCGGAGGUGACCGAAUGAGAGACUCCGGGGUUGUGGAUCACCUGUCCGUCCACCACAGAGCUCAUCCCCAGCGUCAGCAGCAGCAGGCCUUGUCCUUGUCCCCCACCCAUCUCUCUGUGAGGGAAGAGUAUGGAGAGGACAGCAUGUCUGACAGGUUUACAGAGGGACAGGACGUCUUGGCCCGGUGGUCAGAUGGCUUGUUCUACUUGGGGACAAUCACAAAGAUAGAUCGAGACAAGCAGCGAUGCUUUGUGGUUUUUGAGGAUCGGUCAAAGUCUUGGGUGCUCUGGAAGGAUAUUCAGACAGGGGAUGAAGAUGAUGAGGAUGAGGAUGACGAUGACAUUGUCUGCUCCAUAUGCCAGGAUGAAACUUCAGAGGAACCCAAUGAGAUUGUCAUUUGUGACAAAUGUGGGCAAGGCUAUCACCAGCUGUGCCACACCCCGGUCAUUGCUGCCUCUGUCAUCGACUCAGACGACAAGUGGCUCUGCUCAGAGUGUGAGCUUGCCUCUAUGACAAAGAAGGGGGGUUCACACAGGAGGGGAGUGUCUUCAAAAGGCUAUAUGCAGAUUGAGCGAAAGCAACAGCAGCACUUGGGGCUACACCUGUCUUUCCCCUAUGCUCUGGAAGAUCUGGUGUGGGACGAGGAGCACAAAACAAAUGACCAGCAGUGCUACUGCUACUGUGGAGGCCCAGGAGACUGGUACCUGAAGAUGCUGCAGUGUGACAGGUGUCAGCAGUGGUUUCAUGAGGCCUGUCUUCAUUGCUUAAAGAUGCCUAUGCUGUAUGGAGACAGGUUCUAUCUGUUUGUUUGUUCUGUUUGCAACUGUGGACCAGAGUACCUCACCCGUCUGCCUCUCACAUGGGAUGAUGUCACACACCUGAGCCUGUACAACCUGAGUGUGAUCCACAAGAAGAAGUACUUUGACUCUGAGAUGGAGCUGAUGGCAUACAUCAAUGAAAACUGGGAGCUGCUGCAGCUGGGGGAGCUCACCAACACUCCAAGAUCAGAGCGAUAUGAAAGUGUUCUGGAGGCAUUAAACAACAAUAACAGCAUGUUCAUGUCAGGAAAGGAAGUGAAGAAAAAGAAGCACUUGUUCGGGCUGAGAAUCCGUUUCCCUCCUGCCCCUCCCAACUCGGAGCCGACCAGCAGAGUGAUGGAGAGGGCUUCACAUGAGAUCACCAUCAAGGGAUGCAAGUCCAACAAAGCCCUAGCUGGCAUGCGGACCUGCAGUACUUUAACCAACGGCACAGAGAAGAAGAAAAAGAAGCAAGGAGAGCGUCCUCCAUCUAAAUCACAAUGCUCCACUGCACUCUUAUCCCAGGAAAUGAGAAAACCUUUGCCAAUGGUGGCCAACACGUUGGAUCACAUAAGCUCUGUCAAGAGUGAGAGGUCCCUGCUGUCCUCAGAUGUGGAAUCUAUAGGAGCCCUUAGCACCACAGAAACUACCUCAACAAGCCUUUCAAGACAGUCUAGCCUCUGUAGCUCCAGCAAGACGCGCACUACAGCCAGCACUAUUCCUGUUUCAGCUCCACCCUUAAAAAGGAAACGCGGACGACCACGACGGGCCCUGCAGCCUCCCAAUCCAGAGAUCCCCCCUCCUGCCCCUGCAGACCCAGACCCAUCAACUACAGAGGUGCUGAGCCCACUCCCAGGGCUUCACUCUACAGACAUAGUUCAUGGCAUGGACCCCAACAGCCAGCUCUCCCACCUUAAGAGCUCCAUCAGCAGCUAUUUUGGAGCAGCAGGGCGGCUUGCUUGUGGGGAGAAGUACAAAGUCCUGGCACGAAGGGUCACCCUUGAUGGCAAGGUGCAGUACCUGGUAGAGUGGGAAGGAGUCACUGCUUCCUAGACUGGUCAACAUCACAUCCUACUUGUGGCUGAAGGAGGUUUACGGUUGUGCUGAAGACAUUACACAGCAUACAUUGAGAGCAUUAGCUGAUAUGCCUGUGUUUAGUUUAGACAGGCGCUACUUCAGCCUGAUACUCUCACUGUAAAGCCUGUGAAGUCGGGCAUACUCUGUGCGAUUUCAAGCUGACUCUCUAACAGUCAUGUUAUAAAGUCUGUGACUGAAUCCCUUACAAUGCAUGACAACUGUUCAUGAUUUAUGUGCCCACAUUAUAGUCAGAUGGUCAUGCACCACCUGAGAGCUCACUGUCCGAGUGAAGUCAGGACAGACUGUGACAGAAAUCUGUGGAGUUUCCUUUAAAAAAGUCUGACCUAGCCUACUGAGGUUGAAGCCUUAUUGAGUCAUAUCCUCUUGCACCCUCUCUCUGUCUCUCUCUUUCUCUCUGUCUCUUUAUUACACACACAAGCAGCAUCCCCCAUCUGUGUUAGCUGGAGGUCCACAGGUAGGCAUAUUUCCCACCUGUGGACCACCAGUUGGAUGAAGCCUCAAAAAAGCCAUGAGGAAAAAGCCUCAAAGUUUAGGAUUCUGCUUGGGGUGCUGCUCUCACUGUGGGAGUGUGUGGAGUCAUACAACUAAAAUAUCAAACACGUCAGAAAUCCAUUUGACCAGUUGGGAGCAGCUGGUUGGAUUGUAAUCAGGUCAUUGUUGGCCGUCUUAUUCCCGAAUAUACUGCUUGACAACAGCAGUUCAACGAAGUCAGCACAACUUCAAAGCGAGUGGUGCUGACUCAAAAUCUGUGUCUGAAUCAGGUGAAAUUCACACAGUAUAUGCUCGGCUUUAGGUCAGUGCAGUUCAAGUGACUAUAACUUGUGUAAAAAUGUCUUUUUCAUUAUGUUUAAAGAUGGCAUUCAUUUAUAAAGACCAGUCACUGUCAUUAUGUUGUAUGUCAGUAUUUCUGAUUCUAACUCAGAAUGUGCUUUGGUUGUUUGCAGAAUCUCCUUUUUUUUUAAAGCAAAUAAUUGAUCACUGCACUGCACCCAGAGGCUUUCAGUGACUUGUUCUUGUGCUUUAUUUUAAAUCCAGUGAUGUGCUUUUUUUGUUUCCAGACUGUUUAAGAAACUGUUCUUCUGAAGAAUGUAGUUGGUCAGGCAUUAAAUGUUUGAAUGAUGGAGGAUAAGAGAAAAAGGGGCAAUUUCAAAUCAUCCAUUGAACAAUUACAUGUGUUUUGGUUUAAUUUCAUUUUCUUCAUUAUCUUCAUUAGCAGAUGUGUCCUUUAAUGACUGCAUCCCCUCCUCCUCCAAUCCAAACCUCUUGUUGCCUUGGGCAGGUUAAUCCAUCAGUUUUUUGAAAAGUGUGCUCAUUUGUGAGCAGUUCAGGAGGAACUAGAAACAAGAUGUGCUGCUGCAAAUGUUUGUUUUAUAUAGAAUUGUACUACAUUUAUAAUUACCCUUUUUCUCUUAUCUACUUUCUCAUAUGCCUUUUUCUGCUCAACUAGGCAGAUGUCCCCAACUUUCUUGUUUUUUUUUUUAAGAAUUGCUUGCACAUAUCAGAAAUCCUUCAGGCUGUCAUCUCAUUUUUAAACUAAUGAUUUGAGUGUUUCAGUUCAGGCAUGAUGGCAGUUUCAUCAAAGAUAAAGUUCUUUUUCAAAUACUUUUUCGGUUUGGUCGUGAUUCAGUAAAAAUGUAUGUUUUUGGGAAACAUGUUUUUCCAAAAGCACUAUUUCAUUGUAUACAUGAAAUGUUCAGAAGCCUAACCUCAAGAGAAAAUGUCCCAACAUUGUGGUUUGAAACAACAUGAUUGUUAGCCUUUGAAUUCUUUAAGGACCUAUUUAGUGUUACCGUUAUCUGAUAGAAAUUCUUCAAAUAAAGUGUUGAUAUUAUGAAUGUUAUAUACCCAUUUUUUAUACCAUGUGUUAAGUUUUUUUAUGGCUGCCUAUGCAAGUAAAUCAAGCAGGAUCAUACUUAGUCAUAAGUUGACCACAUGGGAGUUCCAGCAUUUUUGUGACAAUGGAGCUCAGUUUUUUUCUUUUUUGUAUAUGAUAGAUGGACAAACAGCAAUUCAUUUUUCUUUUACAGUCAUGUAGUGUAUACACUCAGGAUACGCCCAAAAACUUCACUGUAUCAUAAAUGCCAGACAUGCAGCUUGACAGGAAGUUUUGUUUAAGUUAUUCUCUCAGUGUUGUCAGUCAGUAUUUUAUGUAAUAUGCUGCAUUUUUUCAUAUUGCUUUGCCCAUAUGUAUGCAUGCUUUUUUUCUAUGAGCAAAAUUGUAGUUUAUUUUUAUCGCUACACUUGCUUGUUCAAACUGAGUCAGAAAAGGACCACUGGAAAACUAAUAUGCUGUAUGUAACUACCAAGAGGUAAAUGUUCAGUUUGUACGGCUCUCUUGUUAUGGGUUGUUUCUCAUUCUGUUCAAAAAGACAGACUUUUUUGACAUUGAUACCUCUUCUUUGUAUGGAUAUAGCUUCUCUUUUCUGUUCAGCCAGGGUCAGCCUACAUGCUGUUACCACUGGCUUUCAGCAGGCUUCUGUAGCCAAAGAACAUACAUUUAACGUCUGCUUUGUCUCUUUAAGAUUCUUAUUACGUUUAUAUAUAUAUCAUGAUAUAGGUUGACGUGUUACUUCUGAACCUGUUUAGUUAAAAGAUGAAUAAACCCCCAUAUUUUGAA